AUGAAGCUUUUGUUCUUCAAAGUGACGGGCCUUUUUCUUAGUUACUUGGUCUGGACUUUCAGCAUAAUUCUAGCCAGAAGCAGAUCCUGGCACGUGUGGGAGUUUGACAGCAAGAUUGUUCCCAUUGUGUUCAUUGGACUCUGGGAAGCUUUAUAUUUUCAGAAAUUUAAUGUCUCUGGCUCAAUAGUUGAGUUGCCGAUGCAUAGCAAGAUCAACUCGAGCUGGGUCAUUUCGGAUGAAAUCUGGUAUGGGCAGGACCUGAUGCUGUUGGCAAAUUUUAUGAUGUCUACAGUCCUGAUUUUUGGCUCAGUGGCACUUUGGGUCAGCCAGAUCAAGGCCCCAUACCCAGGGUUCCUCCAAUUGUGCUACAACACUGCUGCCUUGUUCCUUUUACUCAGCUGUAGUUGUACCAUGAUUUCAGUGAGCUGGAAUUUCACUGUGGAAUUUUAUGGUGAAACCACCCUUGACUUUCCAAUUACCUUUCCGGUUGAAAGAGAAAUGCUAACAAAGAAGCAUUUCUCUUACGUGUUCCCGCUAGGAAUCACAACUACUGUCCUCUCGCUGCUGAGCGCCACCAUGUUCUCCUGUGAAACAUGUCCAGUAAAACGGUGGACACUAGUGAAACCCUUGGGUGUGGCCAACUGUUGA